AUGAGAGUCUCAACCAUCAUCUCCAUCGCCAGCUUGGUGGCUGCCUCCUUCGCUGCUCCAGCGAUCCAACGAGACGAAAAGCGUGGUUUUGUGACCGAUGACCUUGAUCCUCGGUCUUUUGUCACCGAGGAUAAGAGGAGCUUUGUGACGGAGCCCGAGAAGCGAGGAUUCGUAACCGAGGACAAGCGAAGCUUUGUCACUGAACCUGAGAAACGCUCAUUCAUCACCGAACCACACAAGAGAGGCUUUGUUACUGAGAAGAGAAGCUUUCUGACUGAGCCAGAGAAGCGCAAUUUUGUCACCGACAAGAGGGGCUUCGUGACCGAAGACAAACGCAGCUUUAUUACGGAGCCCGAGAAGAGAGGCUUUGUCACCGAGGACAAGCGCUCUUUCGUCACCGAGCCCGAGAAGAGAGGCUUUGUCACCGAGGACAAGCGCUCUUUCGUCACCGAGCCUGAGAAGCGAGGGUUUGUGACGGAGGACAAGCGCUCCUUUGUCACUGAGCCGGAGAAGAGAGGAUUCGUGACGGAGGAGAAGCGGGGGUUUGUGACUGAGCCGGAAAAGAGAUCGUUCAUCACGGAGCGUGGCUUCGUCACUGAACCGGAGAAGAGGUCCUUCAUAACUGAGAAGAGGGGUUUUGUUACUGAACCCGAGAAGAGGGGCUUUGUUACCGAAGAUAAGCGAUCUUUCGUCACCGAGGACAAGCGAAGCUUCGUUACCGACGACAUGGAGAAACGUGGCUUCAUGACUGAGGAAGACAUGGACUAA